UUGGUCGCGUCAGGAUCGAGUGACAGCAGCGGGCAGUGACGCUGGGCAGCAUUCAACGGGAACGGGAGCGUGAUUGAAUGCGAAUUUGAAUCGGCUCCGGUUUUGGGUUUAUAUGCAAAGUGGAGGAGCUGCAGGACGGCGAAUAGGUGACGUCCUUAAAGCACGCUUCGCCCCAGACUCGCAUUAAAGAAGCUCAGCCCACCGUGGAGCUGACCGCGGUGCUGAGGAGAGAGAGAACGAGCAGCGCUGCUGAGGAGUUAACAUCAUCAUCAUCAUCACCGGUCUGUACGGAUACACCAUCUCAGCUCCAUGAGGAGAAGAGCUAAAGAGCUGAGAUAGUGUCAGUCUGACACUGCUGUUCUCCCUGAUAUGUGGUGGGGGAACAACCUGCAGCGACUGCGAGGCUUACAGCCGGACUGAAUCCAGCCCUGGAAGAUUUUCACCUGGAGACUGAAAGACCUGAUUGAAUUCCCACAUAUGAAGCAGCAGUCCGGUCGACACACCUGAGGAGGAGCCGUAUGAAGCUCAGAAAGUGCCCAUGAGGAAGAAUGACCUCUGGAGAAGUUGAGUGACUUUCUUUCAUUCAACGCGUAUCAAGCAAGACAUGGCUCGCCUCCUCCUUCUGUUUAACUCCGCCGCACUGUUGCUCCUCGGCACUGACAUUUUUUUGGUCGGAGCAAAUCGCCCCCCUGCACCAGUAAAUGUAUCAGUCAUGAACCUAAGAGCUGAUUCAGCUACAGUGUCGUGGGAGGUUCCAGAGGGUGAUGUCAUCAUUGGCUUUUCUGUCCUGCAACAGAGGCAAGAUGGCCACAUGCAACGCUUUAUCAGGGAGGUGAACACCACCAGCAGGGCCUGUGUGCUUUGGGACCUGGAAGAGGAGACAGACUACAUAGUUCAGGUUCAGUCUAUUGGUCUGUACGGAGAAAGCCAGGCCAGCAAGCGUGUUCACUUCAGAACCCUCAAGAAGUCUGACCGCUUCCCCUCCAACAGCUCCAACCAAGAUGACCCAACAGUUCAAGGCCUGGAUAAGUCCAGAAACCUGCAGACUGGAGAGAUGAUCAUCAUUGUAGUGGUGCUGCUCAUGUGGGCAGCGGUCAUUGCCCUCUUCUGUCGGCAAUAUGACAUCAUCAAGGACAACGACAACAGCAACAGCAAGGAGAAGGUCAAGCCCUCGUCUGAGAGGAGCACGCCAGAGCAUCACAGUGGAGGACUUCUCAGGAGCAAGUUUCAUCAGUCUGUGCCAUCUAUCAACAUCAUCGAGGUCUAAUGGGAGGAACGAGGACUCCAGAUUCACCCACGCUGCUCUGGACUUGGAUGCUACAUUGUUUUAAACCGUCUUCAACCACAGAGGAAUCCCACGAGGAGCAAACCAUUAGCUAAACCAUUAGCUACAUUGACUGCCAUUAAGCUAAUUUACCAGAACGUCUGAACCACAGCUGUGAAUACACUUGUUUCCGCACAUACAGUACAUACACGCCACACAUACACACACACUAGCAGUGUGUCUAAAGCAAUCUAAUCCUGUAGAGUAAUUGUACAUAAAGUGAAAUGUGCUGCUGCUGUAUUAUGAGAGCCCGUUCCAGUUGGAAUCAGUGUUGAUUUGUUGCAGUGUUGUGUUAAUGCAACUAGAUGACUGCACUGUAUUUUUGAUAUGGUACUGUAGAACUUCAGCAGGGUUUUUACUUCUAUUGCGAGUUGUUGAUUGUGUGUAUGUGUGUGUGUGUGUGUAUGUACGUGCAUGCACCUGUCAGAGUCUGAGAGCAAGGUGAAGCUGUUGAGUGGAGCCAAGCGUGCUUGGCAGUAGGCAGUCGAGGCUGUUUUCAUGACUCAAGCCCCGCAGUGAUGGGAGAACUCUGUUCAACAGUGGAGCGUAAUAAGCUCAAGGACUCAGCACAUGUACUGUACCUGUAAUGAGUUUUCUCCAGAACAGCCAAAUGAAACAGAAAAGAACCGUUCAGAACAUUUGUGUCUCCACUGGAAUGGCUUUUACUUUGAAAUGGCUACAACUUGCCUGGUUACAUGGUUACAAAAAACUGCCAAUCUGAAGAAAGAUAAACAUUGAGCAAGCUGCUCUCAGAAACAUGCAGAAUUACAUAGAUCUGAUGUUCAACACAAUCCUUCAGAGCUUGGAUUCUAUUGAUAGAACUGUCUAUGUAAACGUUUCAGUGUUUCAGUGAGAUCAGUGAGUACAGCCGAAUAGAAGAACAAGACUAAUAGAAGUUAGGCCGCAUGCUUUGACUUUGACGUGUAUAUACUGUAAUAAUUCUAAUAAUAAGGAAUGCUUUCAACAUGACUAAUUGUAAAUAUGAGAACUGUCACAAGAAACAGCUUUUCUGUUAUUUCAGGGUUUCUGUGGGAAGUCAAAAAGAAACAUUAUGGACAAAUGGAUUUUUUCCAUUAGUAUUUUUUCCAGCAAUAAAAUAAACAUAAAUCAUCUGUUUAAAAAAAUCGUUUUCAGUGCAUUCUCUAAAAGUAAUUCAUACAAUAUUUAGCCCAAAAGGUUUUUGGGAAACUGGGCAUUUCUUUAAGCUGUGUAAAUACUAGUGUUGUAGUCAAGACUGUUAGAGUCUGAGUCCGAGUCAAGACCAAGACCGGGACUUGUCAAGUCCAAGUCCAGACCAAGACUUUUAGUAUUUAAGUCAAGACAGAGACCAGGAAAAAACGAGACGAGAUUAAGAUAAAAAAAUAUCUAAUUCAAAUUCCAUUUAUUUUUAUUCUAAAAUAAUAAAAAAAAAAAAACAAACAAAAAAACAAACACAAUUUGCCUUUAAAAAAGCUUAUCACUAAGUUUAGUUAGCCAGUCACUAAGGUUAGCUAGCUCGUUGCUACCUUUAGUUCUCCUCCCGGUACCAUUAGUGUGUAAUUUAGCUUGCGGCUAAGGUUAGCUAGCUCCUCACUAAGGGUAGUUCUCUCCCUGGAAGAAUUAGUAUUUUAGCUAGCUUGUCACUAAGGAUAGCUAACUCGUCGCUAAGGUUAGCUAGCUCUUCACUAGCUUCAGUUCACCUCCCGGUAACAUUAGUAAUUUAGCUCGUUGUUAAGGUUAGCUAGCUUGUCACUAGCUUUAGUACUAUCCCAGGUAACAUUAGUAUUUUAGCUAGCUAAGAUCAUGUAGCUAACUUGUUGCUAGCUGUAGUUCUUUUCCCGGUUACAUUAAAAUCUUAGUUAGCUUGCUGCUUCGGUUAGCUAGCUCAUCGCUAACAUUAGCUAGCUUGUUGCUAGCUUUACUUCUCUUCCUGGUAACAUUAGUGUGUAAUUUAGCUCAUUGCUAUGGUUAGCUAGCUAGUCACUUGCAUUAGUUAUCCCGCUAGUUUGCACUUACUUCUCCUUUUGCUUUCUUUCUAGAUAUCUGGAAAAAUUUAUCGUGGUCCCCGAGGUCACAAUGAUUCACAUAAACAAAGAGUAUAACUCCAGCCAGCUGGUGAAAAAGAGGACAUUUAACUUAACAUCCGACUAUUAACAAUGAAGUGUUCACUGAUUGGAUACUAAACAAAAGCGGGGGUAGCUUGUUUUUUGCUGUUAGGUAAUCUGUGUGCAGAUUUUAGGCACACAGAGAAAGGAUUGAUUCGGUCUGUUUGAAUAAAUAGUUGAUGUUCAGUAACAAUAUAAAAAGGUUCAGUUUAUAAUAAACUUCACCUCGGAUAGAGGACUCGGACUUGGCGAGUCUCGUCCACUGUCUCAGACUCCACCCCACCCCAAGACUGAGUCAAGACUCAUUCCAAACAAGAGUCCAAGACGAGACCAAGACCGGACUUGAAUACUACAACAUUAGUAAAUACUCCUAUAUCCUCUAAUAUUCACGUUUCUGCUGAUAUUAAAAACAGUGCUAAAUAUCAUAAUUUAGACCAUGUUACCAUUAUGAUGGAACCAAAAAUGACCAAAUAUAUAUUGCAUGCACAUAAAAAAAAUAUAUAUAUUGACUUUAGUUUUAUAUGUGUUGUUCUGUUACAUUUUUCAUAUGUGAAAACACAAUGAGUAAAUUUUGGUAUCUUCUAUUCCACUACAUGAUUAUGUUUCAAUAAAGACUGAUGAAUGAUUUAUAA